AUGCAUUUCCAAGCGACGACUCUUUUUCUGGCCGCCGCUGUCAUCUUCCAGGGUGUUUCAGCACAAUUUUGCACUGGCCCUCCCGCAGACUGCAACUUCGAAAAUUGCAGAAUCAACUAUGCUGAUCCUUGGGCGACCUGCAAGUCAAAGUGCACUCCCAACUCGAGCCGCGAUGCCGCGGUUUCUUGCUGCUCUGGAUCGCUGUACUGCCCGGCAUGA